AUGUCGAGCCGCUUACCAUGUGUAGCAAGACCAUCUUCUCUAUCACAGUUAUUAAGCAUGGAACCAACUUUCUUUGAGAAGUUUAAAACUUGGUUCGGCCUCCAAGAUGAAUCUGCUCGGAAUAUAAUCCUUGGAGUAGCUACCUUAAUUGCGACUGCCACUUACCAAGCCGCGCUGAGUCCUCCGGGAGGAUAUUGGCAGGAUAACUCUUCAAAUCCCACAGCCAAUUCCACUGUCGUCACUGCCAAUUCCAGCAGCAUUGUUGAAAAACCACAUAAAGCCGGAGACAUUAUCCUGAGCGGCUCGAAACUACAUGUGUUCACGACCCUCAACGGUCUGGUGUUUUUGGUCUCCAUCAGCACAAUCUGGAUCACCGCUAUUCCCUCAUUGCCCCACACUCUUCCGGUUUACUUACUGAUUAUGUUUCUCAGUGUUGCCUACUAUUUUACCGCUACAAUCUCAUACCCGAAAUCCGAUGCGGCCGCGGGAUUCUUCGAAGUUGUAUUUUAUAUGAGCUCGGUGGGUCUCGUGUUGGUGGUCCCCAUGAUCUUGUGGUCGAAAUACUACAUAUACAAAAUCCGACUCCAAAAAGAAGCCGCACGGAGACGCGUCCGCGACUUCUCCUAG